AUGCUGGCCGUACGCUCGCCGGCGUUGCGCACAUCUCGGGUGGCUGCGUUGGCCAUUAAAAAGAAGAUGAUGCGCUCCUUUAGUGGAAAUUGGGAGUACCCUAAAGUGGAAGGAAGCGUAGCUGAUAUCACCAAGUCGCUCUUGACAAUAGGUGCACGGCUGUCGAUUCCCACGGCUCCACUUUACUUCACGCCGCUGAAGGUGAAUCAUAUUGUGCGUGAGAUGAAGGGUAAAGAUGAUCUGUUACAGGUGCAUAAGACGCUGCUCUUGUGCGAUGCCAAGAUGGCUUACCCAUCUACGUUGGCAGCCGGAAGCUUUAUUUCAGCUUGUAUAAAGCUGGAUGCGGCUGACAUGGCCCUACAGUUCUUACGCGAGGCUGAAAAUAUUCGUCACUACGUCAAGAACCAGAGUUUUGUACGUCUAGCCGAGUAUUAUGCUGAGCACGAGGACCAGAAGAGUGUGGACGAGAUCGUCCAGAUCAUGGCUGCUAAGCGCGUUCCUUUAUCUUACAAAAUGUACACGUUCCGCGUGCUGAAUGCAAAGAAGCAAGGCAAAUGGGAUGAGGCCGUUGAUCUUGCUAAGGAGGCAGCCAAUGAAAUUCAGAUUAAUUCGCAUCUCAUUAUCGAGCUGUUGCAUGACCAUAAUGGAAACAUCAACAAGAACCACAUUCCACUGGCUAAGUACUUAGCAGACAAGGGCGACGUGUACGUCAACGCACGACUUGCUGACAUUUUAGUCGGAGGAGAUGGAAAAUUGCCGGAGUCUAAGGUAAAUGAGCUAAAGCAAGACAAUAUAGAGGCCGAUCGUGAGGUUAAAACGGAGGAAUAA